AUGCCGGAGGAGGCCCAAGAAGACACCGUGGCACCGACAAGGAGCAGGGCACCACUGGCUCCUAAUCAUGUGCAGGAGGUUCGCCUACACCGGGUGGAGUCCAUCAGCGAUCUACACAGUGGAGGUUCACUGUGGCCCUACCUGGCUGAGGAGGCGCAGCCAUGGGAUGAGCUGCUGGGCAUCCUGCGUCCACCGAUGUGCACCCAGACCGGCUGCCGUCCCGUGCACAGCCGCGGCAGCUUCCUGCUGCUGCUUGCACUGCUCGUGCUCACCUGCCUGGCGUUGGCUGUCCUGGCCGUCUACCUGAGUGUGCUGCAGAGCGAAUCCCUACGCGUUCUGGCACACACACUGCAAACGCAGGAGGAAAUGCUGCUCAAACUCCGGCUCGCCAGCCUCAGCCAGCUGCGGAGGCUCAACUCGAGUGAGGCCCGAGCACCCAGUUGAGAUGCCACUUGGACC